UCGACCAGUAACGAGUCGGGGGACGCGAGCGUCGCGUUGCAGGCGUCGCCCUGGGCGCCGCCGUCCAAGAGCAGAUGGAGCCGACCCGCGUGUCCCGGGGACCCGCUUCGCGCCUCGUCUUUCUCUUCGUCACCCUCGUGCUGACCGUCGCAGCAACGGGGCUCCUAUGCAGUGCAAUAAUGUCGGAUCACUGGGAAGAAAUCAACUGGGACAGGGAAGAUCUAAUUCAUGCGAACGUCAAUCUCACGUGGUAUCUGAACGGUCAAGUGGCAAAGCUCGAGUCUUCCGUUAAUCAUCGAAAUAAACAUCGUACCGCCAAAAGUUCAACCUUCUUAGUUCCUAUGCACGGCGGCAUUUGGAUUAUGUGUGUUUCAUUGUCAGAGGAAGAGAUACAGCUGUUAAGUCAGGUGAAUUUCCCGCAAAAAAGAUGCGUCAAUUAUUUAACACCAAGCGAGGCGCACAUAGAAGCGCGCGCAGCUUGGCAAAAUCGAAUGCAAAAUCUGAGUAUCUCGUGCUCUCUGGUGUGUCUAAUCAUCUUAGGAUGCGCUGCACUUAUAGGAUUUUUUGGACUAUGCAGGCAUCAGAUAUCGGCCGUACUCGUGACAGGAGUGAUGUACCUCCUUGCAGCAACAUUCGCGCUGUUCACGCUCACAAUCAUUCACUUCAAGAGAGUUCAAGAUCGCGGGACCAAAUCAAUAGAAGAUGGCGUGAUUGGUAUGCCUGUUCUUCGCAGCAUUCUCAAGGCCAGGAGAGUCACUACCGCGUGGAGUAUGGACCUGGGAUGGGGUGGAGUCACUCUCUGUGCUCUUGCAUCGGUAGCCUGGAUCCUUCUCAGUAAAAUCAUGCGUUUUAGUCCGAUCGCUGCCAUGAUAGCGUAGCAGUGGGACGCCUUCGAGGUCUAAGGUCGUUUCUGAGAGUUUCGAUGUUUUGCAUUUCUUUCAGGUGACAUCUUGAUAUUUUUCUCGAGUAUCAAGUUGGUGCAAGAGAUUUGUUUUACAAAACUACACGAUUUCGUUUUCAAUUUUACUUGACAAAUACAACAAACUGCAUCAACUUAAUAAUCUCGAGUGUUUAUCUCUUGUUAAAAUAUAGAUUUCAAGAGUAUGAAAUUCCAAGAUUUGGGAUAAUCAUAUAGAAAUUGAAAUCUUCUGAAACCUUGAAAAGGAUUGCAAACUGCAAUGGAGAAU